AAUUGCAGUUCAAGUCCGGUGUUUACAAAAUAAAUAAUUAAAUAUUUUUAAAUUUCUAAUUUAUUAAUUAAACAUGUCAACAGAAAUGAAAAGUAAUUCGUGUAGAAUAUGUUUAACCACAAAUGUCGGAGGAGUGAAACUUGACAAAAAUUCAGAAAUGCUUAAAGUAUUAGAAUUCUGCGUUGAUUUCGCUGUAGAUCUUACGUUUGCGCCGAAAAUAAUAUGCGAGAAAUGUGUUGAAGAAAUAGAUAAAUUUGCAAAGUUUAAACGUAAGUGUAUAGAAUCUGAAGAGCUAUGGAAAUCUGUUAAUAAAUAUAAUAAUGAGAUUGAAUGUAACAUUACAAAUGCAAUGAAAGAAACAAAACAUUGUGAAGGCACUUAUAAUGAGGAGGUAUAUAAUGAAUUGGUCGCUGAUGGCAUAAAGCAAUCAAAAGUCAAAGGUUCCAUAUCUGUCAUAGUUCCUACAAUUGUUAAAGAUUUUAAGUCAUACAGCCGAAAUAACACAAAGGACAAUGAGAAACAUUCCAGUGUAGACAAAAAGAAAUACUUCUGUACUAAAUGUAAUAAAGAGUAUAGUAGUAAUAAAUGGUUAGUCACACAUAAAAGGAAUGUAUGUUACAAAGAUAAAUAUAAGGAUGACACGCUAGAGAAUGUGAAAAGAGAUGAUGAUGAAUCAACUCAGAACUGUGGUUUAUGUCAAACAUCUUUGACCGAUAUAAAAAGUCAUUUGGAUGAACACUGGCAUAACAAUGACUUGUUGUGCAAAAUAUGUAAUUACACUGGCAGGGAUUUUGCUGAUAUGAUAACACACAGACAUAUACACUGCAAGAAAACCAAAUUAUAUUGUCAUGCUUGCAAUAAAAAGAAGGCGUCCAUAUUGUCUCUCCAGUUCCAUUUUAGAUCUGUACAUUUGCACAAAACAGGAGGUUUAUGUUCCAUUUGCAGUAAAACUUUCGCUAAAUUCAAAACUUGGAAGAAGCACGUACGGCUGCAUAAUGAAGAAAACAGUCUGUUCAUUUGCGAUAUUUGCGGAAAGAAAUUUUUGUACCGACAUGAAAUCAAAUCACAUCUUAUUGAUCAUUCCAAUGUGAGACAGUUCGUUUGUGAAAUAUGUGGAAAAGAUUUUAAAAGAAUGUCCGCUUUGAAAGAACACAUUGCAAAUAUGCACUUCCCAAAUGCUCCUGUGGAAUGCAGCCAUUGCAAGAGAACCUACAAAAGUCAUAUUAAACUGAACUUACAUUUGAAAAAAAUUGUCAAAGAUAAGUUAUUUGUGUGUGAAGUCUGCUCUAAAAGAUUUUUAACUGAAAAUAUAUUGAAAAAGCAUAUGUUUUGGCACACUGGAGAGCGGCCCUACACUUGUGAAGUUUGCGGAUCCAAGUACAAAGCGAAGGGGCAAUUGAACUUGCAUAUGAGGAUCCACACUGGCUUUAUGCCCCACAAAUGUCUAGAUUGCGGGAAAGGUUUUCCAACUGGAAAACAGUUGAAACGACACAAAAGUGUGCAUACAGGGAUACGGGCUCAUAAGUGUGAACACUGUGAACGUUCUUUUCAUGAAAAGAAAGCACUGACAGAACAUAGUCUAUUACAUAAAGAUAUUGAAAAUGUCAAACUGGAGACUUAGACGUAUUUGUGUGUUUACGCGUGUAAAGUAACUUGGAAUUGUACCAUAAAUUAUCUUAUUUUGAUCCUUGAUUGUACAAAAAGUGGCUCCUAAUAAAAUAACUUCGUAAUAA